AGCUAUGUGUAUUUUUAUCGGAAUCAUUUCACCACCAUAUGCUAUAUUGAAAUUCAAUAAAAUCGUUUCAAUUUCGUUACGUACAAUGAAAAUGCGUGCGUUUUCAAAAGUUCUUUCUUUGCGAUUCAAUUCAAAGUGGUAAAAGAUCUUUCAAACAAACGUCUGCAGUGCGGUGAAAAUACGACAAUGUAUAAAAAUGCUUACAAUGCAUUUGAAAUAAAAUAAAAGGCGCACAAAUCACUCCUUAUUUACGGCACCUAUAGAACUUAAAAAACUCUGCAUGUCAAAUAGUACCGAGGGUGCGUACCGAGAUUUACGACCCUGCAGAGAUUGUCCGUAUGUCGAUAACGUUAUUGUGUACGAGGUAAACAUUCCGAAGAAAAAGGCGUCUUAGAAAAAGUCACUUGUUUCUUAUUGCUGUAAUCAAUUCAUUGUACCAUUGUUUGUAACGCCAAAAAUACUUCGAACGUUUUAAAUUCCUCUUCAGAUGUUGAUGUUUUAACCAGGUGCACAUUCACCGUUAAAUAGGGAUAAUCUUUAAAGGUUUGCUUUAAGUGGCAAAACUUUAUUUUCUCAAGCAAACGCGACAGCAUAGAUAAAGUUCUUUUCUUUGCUUUCUUUACCAUUAUUAAAUAACUUGUUUUCAGAUAGGAUUUCUUUAGGUAAUCAAAUAUGACUUUUAAACUGAAAAGAUCGCGAGAUCUUGAAUAAAAGCGGGCGGCGAUAUACCGGAUCCUUUCAACGUUUUCACAAACGCUAUGAAUUAUUAACUUUCAUUUUGGGAUUGAUUGACUAUCAGCGUGGUAAUGUUAUUGACUUGAUAGACACAGUUUUUAAGUAAUAUUUAAACAGAGAAUAGCAACGACCGAUGAAACGAGAUCAAAGUUGUGCUGAUUGGGAUUCAAGUGCCCCUGGCUUUUAAUGCGCGGAAUAAACAAUAACUUACUAAGGUAGUAUGUAAACAACGAAAGCUUGAUAAGAAGAGUCAGUUCAGAUUGGAUAUCGAUAUAUGUGUGAAGCUAUUUAUUGAUUUGAAUGACCGACAUUUGUCUGUUGCUAACAUUUUUAACACUGACGGAUUAGCCUUUCGGAUUUGAUGGAGAAUUUUUGAUAUUUAAAAGGAGGAAAGGGAUAGCGGGAAGUCAUACAUAAGAACCGCCGAUUGAUUUUAUUACUCCUUCUUCGCCUGUUUGAAAAAGUCUUAUUGAACUUUGUUGCUGUUCAAAAAUGAUAUCGGAACAUGUGCCAAUUUCGGAACAAAAAUUUAAUUUUGAUUCGAAAGUGCGCGACAGGAGACUUUCGGAUAUACGCCGAGGGCAGCAGUAUUUGCGCCGUAUUGAUAAAUUAGCGGAAACACAAUGGAAGUCAAACGCGCCCAAACUCGGACAGUUUCGGCGGACAAACUAUGUGACGAUUAGGCCUGUAACAGAAACCGUCCAAUCUAAGGCUCAGAACGAAAUGUUGAUGAAGGAACAGCUCAAAGAUGAAUUUCAUUCAUCAACGCCGAAGCCACGCGCACAAUCAGAACGACCUCCGUCAGAUUUCAAGAAAAAUGUUUCUAUGAAUAGUACUUUUAUGAACAGUAAUUUUGAGGACAGUCAGUUCUAUCGCUCAAGCCCAAGAUCCAAAUUAAGCGCACCCGAUUAUAUGGUUACCCCGGGAGGGAGAAAAAGAUUUUUAGAUCCAAUACAGAAAGAUCCGUAUAAUACAUAUGGAUCCAGUUAUAGUCCACUGGAUGAGAAAACUGAAUUAACGCCAAAAGAUAUGGAACCCAAAUAUGAACCGGUGCGAUUUCGCGAAACCAAUCCAAGAGUUGUGAAACCCUUACCCAAAAAGUACGUCCCCAUGAGUCGGAUAGGGAACAACGAAGAUAAGGACCGGUGUCUGAGAUACAACACAAACUUCCGAUCAACCAGGAACGGUCUUGUGAACGUUAUCCAUCCGCCGGAAACUUUUCCUGAUUCCGCCCGGAAACAUACUUUAGAUCCCGUUUGUCCGCCAAAAGAGGUCAACAACGAGAGGACGUUUGUUCUGAUGCGUCGUCUGGACCAUUUCCUGAAUCCGAACAAGAAAGAAACGUCAGGUUUGGGAUCUAGCGAGGAAGAUCUCCCAUCAUCGAAAUCUCCUUGUGUUUCCGAAAUUUCGGAUGAUAUUCCUUCGGAUUACCAGCAAAUAACGAAAAAGGCCCGAGGGCCCCAAAAGACAGUGUCUUUUCCUCGCAAUGAAUCGUCCGAGAAACCUCUGUACCCCAUGUAUCACAAAAGUCUGUCUCGCUCUAAAGCAAAGAAAAACACAACGUCCCUCGGUGAUUCCUUGGCAGAGCUGAAUAAAAGGCCAAUGGACUUGUUCAGAAAGUGUCGGAUUUGGGCCAACACUUGUUCACAGUAUCCAUCCGUAUGAUAUUUGUGGAUUCAACUGUAUAAUCUAUUUAUUUGAUUGUGUUGUCUGUGAUAAUUCGUGAUAUUAUGUUGUCUGUGAUAGUUUAGUCUAUAUUGGCAUUCGGCCAAUGGUUAUGUACUGAAAUAAUUCCAAAGAACUUCUUGUUAAGUUUUGAAAAAUCUCAAAAACGAUUGCUAAACAUGCCGUUAUUGUUGUAUGAAUUGGGAUAUAAUCGGGCAUGCAUUGGCGUUUGUUUUUAAACCGCCAUCAUUUAUUGCAUCAUUGUAUAUUGCCUUUUUUUGAUCGAUUAUAAAAAAAAACUUGGAAAAGCUGAAAAUAAAAAAGCUUGAUAUUUUUUAACAAACUCAUUAACGAAAGGUAGACAUUGCAGUCAAAAUAUUUGUAUUUUACUGAAUAUUCACAGAGGAUUUUCAAAAGUCACUAUUGGACUUUAAUCAACUUAAUGCUGCGAAAAUCAGUUAUCGAAGAAUUUCAUAAUUAUAGAUUUAUAAAAUGAUUUUGAUCAACAUAAAAAUGUUAGUCUUUUUAUUGAAAAACGCACCAUAGAAAACAAUUAUAAUGUGGGGGUAUCCUACUGCUUUCCUUAGAAAGGACAUAGUCGAACCUUCAAUAAUUCUCUGAGAUCGGGAAUUUUUUGGUGCCUAUUGAAUUUUCCAAAAAUUGUCUCGGUAUUUGGGAACAAAAUAUUAACUAAGAUGAAUGAUACUCCAAUUAACACGAAGAAGUGAAAUCACAACAAAGGGUAUCCAUAAGAGGUAGCACUGGCAUUAAAAAUAAGGACGUAAGGUGAAUGUCUCAAGGCCCUUAACUACCUGAAAUGUUCAGGAAAAAUUGGUAACAUCUAAAACGGUUUUAUAUUUAUAUUUUGUGUAAUAUUUCUGUGAACAGAGCAAACUGAUGAGCAGAAAUAUAAUCCAACCAGUUUUGUGAUGUUGUAGUAUGUACUUUUUAUCUUUAUUUAAUGAGUUUACAUAAAUUUUAAUUAGGUAGUCCUAAUUUUGGAAAUAGAUGGACUCAUUCACCAAAAGCUUAAUAGUUUUAAAUGAUAAAAACGCAUUCUAAUAAUUUACGUCAUCAAGUUUCUCAACAUCACCAUUUUUAUUAUUUUUUUGUACAUACAUUCCCAUUCUAAUUUAAAAUUGCUUAUUCAACAUUGAUGACAAGACGCCCGAUGAGCAAAAUCAAUACCGAACAUCUCAAAGCUCUGUCAAAUGUAAAAUCAAACCCAAAUUGUAAAAGGUUUAUUGUGACGUAGAGCUAUUAUCGAACUACUUUAGCGUGCAUGUAUAUUCCUGGGUAUAUAAAGAUAUGCGUUGAAAAGGAGGGAGAUUUGUGAUAGAAGAGAAAUACAGAAUGAA